GCAUGGCCAUGGUUACCAUGCACCAGGAUAUAUCAACCUGAUUUCGCGCGGAACACAUGGCUUCUCGUCGGUACGGCUCAUUAAAGUCGCCAAAUCAAUUAGAUAAAUAAUCUACAUAUCAUUAAUUAAAUUUCAUGCCGUCUGAAUCGGAUUCCUACGAGUGUAAUUGAAACAUCAAUUUAACGUGUAUAAUUUAUAGCACUUUGAUAUGCUGGUGGCAAUCAAAACAUGAUAUUGUGCCUCGAGGAAAAUGCACAUUCUGCUGCACGGUGCAGCGCGGUUGCAUUGUAAUGAAGCUUUCAGCUCAAUUUUGUAUAAUGAGAAGCAUGUACGAAAACGUGUUAUUUUUUACCUACUGUUUUAAUUUGACCUCAUUUUAAUUUGAUUUAUUUUGAUUAACUUCAUUGCAGUAGUGGAGAAGAAUGAUUCAAUUAUAAGUCAACUGGGGGAAUUUUUUUUCAAUUUUUUUAACUUUUCUAGGUAUUCUGAGAAUAUAAGAACAAUUGAUAUUUUUUGGAAAUCAAUCGAAGCAGUUCAUUGCUUAAACGUAGUAGACCACUUCCAGUGAGGUAUGGAAUAUAUUGACACGGGGAAUAAGUGGAAUUAAUUGAAUAGAAUGAGUAAAGUAACGGAGGAUGUGUCGCUGAAGGAUGGCUUUUUAGACGAUGAAGAUUUUGCGGUGAUUUUCGGGUUCGAUGACCAAGAAGCUUGGAAUCGAUUACGUUCCUUUCCGAACACAACGCAGGUAUUCCUAAGGUACGUAGAAUGUGUGAACUCGAAUAUAUUCCGAAUGAUUGACUUGGCUUUUUUAUUACUAUAGUGCGCAAUUGCAAGUCGAUCUUGGAAUUUUGCUAGGAAAAAACAUCACCGAGGAGCAUCCGUGGAAAGAAAUUAAGAAAGAGACUUUCCAAAAAUACCUAAACUCUGGUGUGCAAACAGAGCCCAAGAUUCAAGAAUUGCUUAAACUCCUUGCACCAGGAUCAUCGAUACUGAUUGAAUAUCUACCGGAACAGUCAGUACAGGAUGAUGAUGCGUUUUUGGUUUAUUUGGAUGUGGUUGAAAUUAAUGAAGCAAGUGAAAUCAUCAGCAAGUUGGAGCUGCUCGAACGGUUAAAGCAAAGAUUAUUUACCGAAAAACGAUCUCGUCAGAAAUGGAGUACUGGAGGUGCUGAGCUGGAAAUAGAAAAGUUGAGAAGAAUACCAUGCGAACCAAAUGUAGAAACACAAGCGCAGAGUGUCCUGCCGAUUCGGAGGAUCGACCAAACAGUGGCCGUGAGAGGUGUGGCGGAUGUACGCGAUGGUUAUGUGGAGCUGUUGCCGUUUAAGUGGAAACCGAUCAAUUUCCCGCGGCGAAUAUCGGAUCGCGGCAUCCAAGUGCGACCCCCGGCCCGCAGUCGCUUUCAACAGACGGAACCGGAGUUCCCGUCACAUGCAGCAACACAGUAUCUGCUCGAUGUCGCCGAUAGUAAGAUUGAUCCAUCGUUGAUUUCGACGACAUGGUUGCUAAAUGCUGCGACGUCCCUGUCUCAGGAAGUACAGUUCAACUUGAUUGAGCUGUACCGCAACGAGUACAAUUGCAUUUCACAAAAGCUUGUACCGGCUUAUCGAACUCCACAAAUCGACGAGGUGCUAUCGUUUAUGAACCGUGCGCUGUGUGUCGGCCGAAGCGUUUGCUCGAUGGAUUGGCAUCCGGAGCUGUCGGGUAUCUUUGUAGCGUCGUAUACCUUUGAGACGUUGUCAAAACACGCUAACAAGCAGCACAAUCAAUCAGCACAGCCCUUCGGAGACGCUCUCAAUCGGAUGACGUUUAAAAAAUGUACUGUACUGCUGUGGAGCUUCGAAGACAGCUUGGAACCAUUGCUGGAGCUUAAGACAAUUCGUGAAGUGACGGCUGUCUCGUUUUGUCCGUACGACGGUGAGCUACUUGUUGGGGGUCUUUCGAACGGACAGGUGGUUCUGUGGGAUUUGAAAGGUGAACUAGAGCGCGUAGAACAAGCCAAACAGGCGGUCCUUGGGUCGAGCGAAUACCGCAAACAAAUUCGCGAACUGAUGGAAUAUCCAGCUGUGGAGUCUAUUGAUCGUGAGGUAAAUCCUGCAGCUGUGAGUGCUCUGGAGCACUCGUCGAAAGGUGCCAUUACCGGUGUGAAAUGGUUACCGCGUAAUUAUUUCUGCACGACUACCGGACAUCUGAAGCCGCAUGCCGAAAACCUUCACCGUUUCAUGGUGACCACUUCGCUCGAUGGCAGUGUGUGCUUUUGGGAUCUUGACUUUACGAUGCCUGCACUGCACAAACUGAUAGCUGCAUCUAAAGCAGCACAGCUCGGUGACAAAACGAUGUACCAGCGUGUAAACAAUCUUUUCUUUCCAACGUUCAGACUCAUUUCGGAGAUACCCAUUAUAGCCACGGUCAUCGACGAAGCAAUCUACCUCUCAAUGCCUCUGGAGAGCAGUACGGUACUCACGAAGCGCGUAAAGCAUCAGCAAGAAGCAGUUCCAACGAAUUGCACAAUGCAUAUCAAGCUUGGAUCAUUUAUGGGCCAGUUGAUUGAAGUCUCGUGGGAAGGAUAUGACUUCGAGCAAGGAGCGUUAGUGAACGAUGAGCUGGUAAAGGUAUUGCGCGUCUUCAGUCCUAUUCAUGAUGGUCCAAUAUUGGCACUGGAACGGAAUCAUAUUUGUCGCAAUGUUUUUCUUUCGAUUGGUGGAAAUGUGCUUGCCAUUUGGAGCGAGGAGGAAAACAGUUCACCCGUGUUUUGGCGAAAGAAAAGCAUGAAGGUUACUGCGUGCCGUUGGAGCCUUGAUCGCGUGUCAGUUUUCUUCAUAGGAUUAAGCAAUGGAGACUUUGAAAUAUGGGACAUGAGCUUAAAAACGUUCCGAGCGACGGUGUGCUUGAAUCUGGGCUCCGAGGCAUUGACGACCAUCUCUCAGCAUAGUUUGGCAAGUGCUCGAAAUUGUUUGGCCGUUGCUGAUCACAAUGCAAAUAUUAGAAUUUUUAAAAUUGCUGCUACAUUUGUAAAACCAAAACCGGAUGAGGAAGAAACAUUUCGCACUAUGAUCGAGCACGAACUUGCCCGGAAAUCUAAGCAAGCUGGUUGGGUCAAAGGGUAUUACGAACGAAAUGCAGUUGUAAUUCAAGAUCAAAUUCAAGCAGAAAUUGAUGCGAAAGAAAAGAAACAACAGGAAGCGGAACAAGCGAAAUCGAACGCCGCGAACACGACGGAUGUGGUAAAGCAUUCGAAAAUGCAAGAGAUUGACAAACGCAUGCCCUUGAGUGAACGUUUAGAACAAAAGUAUCAGGCCAAACACUUCCAAACGCUGCUGCGAAAGUUAAUGGCAAGGCGAAACGUUAGUCCGGAGCGGAUGGCUCGACAGAUGCGUCCGGAAGUCGAGCGCCGAAAGUUCAAUGCAGAAAAGCGUGAAGCAAUCGCAACGAACAUUUCGCUGGCAAAGAGUGACUUUACAAGUGUGCACAAAUUGCUACGUCCCGCUGAGAAAUCGGUUCCCAUCGCGGAUGAAACAGAUCGGGUCGAGAAAAUCAGCAAGUACCGCAGUGAUAUUGCCGACUAUCGUCGAAUUGAGACGGAAGCGCUAGAAGUGUUACGGGCACAUUAUCUGCCCGAGAUGGACAGUUUUGUGGAGGUGUUGAUGAAAAGCAAGGAACGCCGUGACAAGGUGUGCAUCAAUGUCGGUACGAACAUGCAACAUUUGGUGAGCUAUGAAAACAAACGCAGUCUUCGGCGGUUGGGAGUUGCUCCAAGGACACUGUUGGAAGAUUUGAAACCAAUUUCUGAAAAGGAAGAUGGUGAAGAAAUGCUAGAAGAUGACGCAAAUGAAGAACCGUGAGGGAAAUCAUAAUGCAAAAUAA